AUGGAGAAAGAGAGCACAAAAAUACAGCAAGUCCUGAGCAUGAAAGGAGGGUUGGGAGAGGAGAGCUAUGCCAAGAACUCAAAAGGACAGAAAGCAAAUCUAUCCAGUUCAGUGCCAGUACUAGCACAAGCAGUGGUUGAUUUCUGCGACACCAAGCUUCCUCGUUGUAUCACUAUAGCAGACCUUGGAUGUUCUUCAGGACCAAACUCUUUGUUUGCAGUUACUCAGAUCACAAGCAUGAUCUACAAAAGGUGCUCUCAACUAGGCCAAUCGCCACCAGAAUUUUCUGUGUUCUUGAAUGAUCUUCCAGGAAAUGAUUUCAACACCGUUUUCCAGUCUUUCAUGCCAGCUUUCCAGGAGAAAAUAAGGGCAGAAAAUGGGCCAGAUUUUGGUCCAUGCUAUAUUUCUGGAGUUCCAGGUUCUUUUUAUGGGAGGCUUUUCCCAUCAAAUAGCCUGCAUUUUGUGCACUCUGGAACUAGUCUUCAUUGGCUAUCACAGGUACCUCCGGAGUUGAAUGACAAAUCAAAUCCACUAAUAAACAAAGGCAAAAUAUACAUUUCAAAGACCAGUUCAGCAGCUGUGAUAGAGGCAUAUCAGAAUCAGUUUCAAAAGGAUUUCUUUUCAUUUCUCAAGGGACGCUCAAAGGAAGUAGUUCCAGGGGGAUGUAUGGUAUUUACGUUGAGGGCAAGAAGAUUUGCAGACCCAACUGCUGAUGAAAGUUGUUUGCUCUGGGAUUAUAUAGGCCAGGCAUUCCAGGAUUUAGUUUCGAAGGUGUGGGGAAUCGCAGAAGAAAAGUUAGACACCUAUAAUGCCCCAACCUAUGAACCAUACAUAGAAGAAAUCAAAACUGAGAUAGAGAAAGAAGGAUCUUUCACUCUCAAUUGCCUGGAGAUCUUUGCCCUUCCAUGGGAUGCUUGUAAUGGAGGAAUGAAGUGUGAUAGGGCAACAACAGCAAAGAACAUGGUCAAGGUCUUAAGAGCAAUCAAUGAGUCGAUGAUUCAGUCUCAUUUCGGAGCAGACAUUUUGGAUCCUUUAUUUCAAAGCUUGAUCGAUAUCAUUGGAGCUGAUACAAAGGAAGUAGAGCAUGUUACUGUUGUUGUUUACGUGAUUAGAAACAAUUAG